AUAUCUGCAUAGCGACRGCAAUAUCGUUGCUCAUGAUUCUUAUAUGUGGCAUGGCGACUUAUGGUGCUUACAAGCAACACGCCGCUUGGAUCAUUCCAUUCUUCUGCUACCAAAUCUUUGACUUUGCCCUGAACACCCUGGUAGCCAUCAGCGUGGUGGUUUAUCCCAACACGGUGCAGGACUACAUCCAGCAGCUGCCGGGGACAUUCCCGUACAAAGAGGACAUCAUGUCCACCAACAACAUGUGCCUAGUCUUCGCAGUCCUGCUCUUCAUUGGCUGCAUCCUCUCCUUUAAGGCCUACCUGAUCGGCUGYGUGUGGAACUGCUACAGAUACGUGAGCGGCAGAGGCACCACGGAAGUUCUGGUUUAUGUCACCACAAACGACACCACGGUUCUGCUGCCACCAUACGAGGAAGCCAUCGCCAUCCCACCGAAGGAGACCCCUCCUCAGUACACGGAGGCAUGACGUCCACAGUGAUGGAUUAGUUACAAACACCGGCUGCGGACAGAACAAUCUUUUAGACGCUGGUUUCAGCUUCCUGCCUACGUUAUAUUAGAUUAAGUUGACCCUGAAGCAGCAACCACGGUUGUUGUGACGUCGUCGUCCCCCUCCUCGUCUCCUCUGUCCUCUUCCAAGGACAGUAUCCACCCCCCUCCCUCCAGGCAGCUGCUGUUUGCCCUCCCUGAUAGCUCUGACCCAGUUCAAUGUGAACUUUUUUUGUUUGUUUUUAAUUAAAAGUGCAACCCCUUUUCCCCUUCCUCUACUACUGUGAAUAACCUUGGUGGUCUUUUUAUCYAGGCACAAACUACCUAAAGGUGAAYAAAAGAAGGGAGAAGGGAAAAGCAACAAAUGUUAUCAAGUACAAUAGCACUUUAAAAGAAGGAAAAAGGCUAAUUUUCUGCGCUGAAUGUAACAUCAGGGUAUUUUUUUCUAUUAACUUUUGUAAAAACUAAAGGAGAAAACCAUGAAGGGAGAAACUGUUCGUCGUGAGGAUAAACUUGUGUCUCACCUUUUAAGUUUGUUUGAACUUGUUCUUUUUAGCCACGAUAUUCCAGUUUUACUUUUCCUAAAACUCUUAAGUUUAUGUAAYCAUCCAGUAUCACUAUUUACGCACCAACAGUACAGAUAUAAAGUGUAAAAGUGGUGAAACUGUUCCUGUCGACCUGCAGCUGCAUCGACUGUCUUUGUUGUUUUGAUGCUCAUGUUUUGUAGGGAAGCUUAGCUGGACUGAGGGCCKUUUCCCAUAAAGACUGCGUGACGUGCUGCUGUGGAAACAUCUUUAUGUUCUCGUUUUGCCUCUGGCGUGCACCGAGAUUUGUUUGGUCUUUAAUAUUUGUUACAAACUCAUGUUUUGUUUUUUUUAAACAUUGAUUUGACUCCACAGUUGCACAAAAUCAAUAGUUAAAAUGCUUACACUUCGCCUGGACUGUUGUGACACAUAAAUGAAAUAGUAAAAAGAAYAGUACUUAUUCCAGUAAUCUGGCAGCAUUGUUUUUUCAGACUAUGCAAUCAGUUCAUAAAUCCUGAUUAACCUUAGUUUUUAUUCCAUUUGAUUCUUGUGUUCUUGUCUCCCCUGAGCUUGAUCAUCAUAAAUCAGUGUUUGCUGUGUGUGAAAGCUGCAGAGCUGAAAGAUUUUGAAGGUUUACUCUGAAGCCGGACCGGUUCUGAAGUUGAUGUAUCGUCUGUUCUGUUGGUUCUGCAUGAGCUCCUGUGCUCUUAUGUAUAAUAAAGAACAAGCCUACUCAA